CAAGUAAAAAUAUUUUGAACAUGAAAUAAACACGCGUGUGAUCAUUAAAAACAAAAUUCCGUAGCGUCAUCUAGUGGGUGUCUUGAAAAAAAUUUAAGCGAGCUCGAUUGUUACUCGAUUGUAUUUAUCCAUGGUUCCAAUCUUGUUGAUAUCACAUUGAAUUUUUCGAAAGAAAUAUCUCUCUCUUUUAAUCAAGGUAUUGAUUGGAUUAAUUCGGAUUCACACGAAUUAUCUGUUAUUUGAUUAUUAUUAUUAUUAUAAACGUAAUGCGUAGUAGAUCUCGAUCACCAUCAUCUCGAAGCCGUUCCCGUCAUGAUGUAAGGCCUAGACCACGUGAACAUGAACGAGGUCGUGAUAAUGGUACAAGUCGAGAUUCUCGAUCGCAUCGCGAACAUCGAACAGGUCGAGAUUAUCCCCGUAGUCCUCUACGUGAACGCGAUGGUGGUGAAAGACGAAUAGUUCGUGAACAGCGAUAUCGCAACUAUGACCGUGAACGCAGUGGAAUUGAUGAUCGGGAUCGGCAUCAAGAUAGAGGGGAUGGACGCAAACAUCAUCGUGGCCAUCAACAUCGAUAUCAUGAUCAUCGUAGAUCACAAUCACCUCGUGCUCGUCGGCGUUCUCGAUCUAGAUCGCGAUCCAAAACACCAAAAUCGGAAAAAAAUAGUGGAGCCGUUCCUCAAUAUCUGAUGAAUCGUCCGGAAAUUACUGACAAAGAUCUCGAAGGUAAAACUGAAGAAGAACAAAAAAUGAUGAAAUUGAUGGGGUUUGCUGGUUUCGAUUCGACAAAAGGUAAACCAGUCAAAGGAAAUAAUGUUUCGGCUGUUAAUGUCUUACAGAAACGUAAAUAUCGUCAAUAUAUGAAUCGAAAAGGUGGAUUUAAUCGGCCAUUAGAUUUUGUCGCUUAACAUUGAACAUUUCAUUUGAAUUUUAUCUAUCGGUUUUCAUUUUUGUUGUCUGUUCGUUUAGUUCUCGAUAUAAAUGUCUUUGAUUUUACUUUGGA